AUGGGAAAUGCUACUGUAUUUAUUCUCUUGGGGCUUUCUGAAAACCAAAACAUUGAAGUCCUCUGCUUUGUAUUAUUUCUAGUUUGCUACAUUGCUAUUUGGAUGGGCAAUGUGCUCAUAAUUAUUUCUAUCACUUUCACUCAACUCAUGGAACAACCUAUGUACUUCUUCCUCAAUUACUUAUCACUUUCUGAUCUUUGCUACACAACCACAGUGACACCCAAACUCCUGACUGAUUUACUGGCAGAGAGGAAGAUUAUUUCCUAUAAUAAUUGCAUGACACAGCUAUUUGUUCUUCAUUUCCUUGGAGCCAUAGAGAUCUUCAUUCUCACGGCAAUGGCCUAUGACCGCUACGUGGCCAUCUGCAGGCCUCUGCACUACACUCUCAUUAUGAGCAGACAGAGAUGCAAUGAAAUCCUUGCAGUUUGUUGCACUGGAGGAUUUCUGCACUCAUCCAGUCAGUCCCUUCUCAUUUCCUUUUUGUCCUUUUGUGACCACAAUGAGAUAGAUCACUAUUUCUGUGAUGUGCACCCUUUAUUAAAAUUGGCUUGCACUGAUACACAUAGAAUUGGUCUCUUUGUCAUCGUUGAUUCUGGCCUAAUUGCUUUGGUAACAUUUGUAAUUUUGAUGAUCUCUUAUUUGCUGAUAUUACACACCAUUAGAGUUUACCCUGCAGAGAGCCGUUCCAAAGCUCUUUCCACAUGUAGUUCCCAUAUAACCAUUAUGGUCCUGUUUUUUGUGCCUGUUCUCUUUGUUUACAUGAGACCAAAUAUAACAUUCCCAGAAGACAAAGUGUUUGCUCUUUUCUACACUAUCAUUGCUCCCAUGUUCAACCCUCUGGUCUACACAUUGAGAAACACUGAGAUGAAGAAUGCCAUAAAGAGAGUAUGGUAUCAUCAAAUACCUUUGUUAAAGAAGCACAUUCCAUGA